CCUCGCUCGACUCUCCAUUUCAUCCGGAUCCGAUCGUCGCCUCCGCAGCGGCCGCUCCGACCUCUCUGUCCCUCACACACGCGAUGGGAACGCCUUGAUUUAACCCCCGACAUCGGUGACACACGCAGCACCUCGGCCUCCAGUUGGACCCGGAACAUCGUCCUCUCGGUGCCGAAAACACACAACAAAACAAGCGGUCCCAGAAGCCACUGCUGUGACAGCGAGUGACUUCUUCCCUAUUGUCCGUGUGUUCCUCUCUUCCCUCCGUCCGGUUGGUUGGAUGAGUCCCAAACAGCAGCAGAACUGUGAGCAGUGAUUGGGCGCCAAGCCACAGACCGAGUAGCCAACGGGGAGCCAGGCUCGCCAUCAUGGCGGACGUGGACCCAGACACGCUGCUGGAGUGGCUGCAGAUGGGGCAGGGCGACGAGCGCGACAUGCAGCUCAUCGCUCUGGAGCAGCUCUGCAUGCUGCUGCUCAUGUCUGACAACGUGGACCGCUGCUUCGAGACCUGUCCUCCUCGGACGUUCCUGCCGGCGCUCUGUAAGAUCUUCCUAGACGAGAGCGCCCCAGACAAUGUGCUGGAGGUCACGGCCCGCGCCAUCACCUACUACCUGGACGUUUCUGCUGAGUGCACGCGCAGGAUUGUGGGCGUGGAUGGAGCCAUCAAGGCGCUGUGCAACCGGCUGGUGGUGGUGGAGCUCAACAACCGCACCAGCCGAGACCUGGCCGAGCAGUGCGUCAAGGUGCUGGAGCUGAUCUGCACCCGGGAGUCGGGGGCCGUGUUCGAGGCCGGCGGUCUGAACUGCGUGCUGAGCUUCAUCAGAGACAGCGGCCACCUGGUGCACAAGGACACGCUGCACUCGGCCAUGUCGGUGGUGUCGCGCCUCUGCAGCAAGAUGGAGCCUCAGGACUCAUCUCUGGAGACGUGCGUCGAGUCUCUGUCCAGUCUGCUCAAACACGAGGACCACCAGGUGUCGGACGGCGCCCUGCGCUGCUUCGCCUCUCUGGCUGACAGGUUCACACGCCGUGGCGUGGACCCCGCCCCUUUAGCCAAACACGGCCUGACAGAGGAGCUGCUUUCCCGCAUGGCGGCCGCCGGCGGCACCGCGUCGGGCCCCGCCUCCGCCAGCAAGCCGGGACGGACCUCGACGGGCGCCGCCCCCUCGGCCCCCGACUCCAAACUGAGCAACCAGGUGUCAACCAUCGUCAGCCUGCUGUCCACGUUGUGCAGGGGCUCGCCGCUUGUCACGCACGACCUGUUGCGCUCGGCGCUGCCCGACUCCAUGGAGUCGGCGCUGGGCGGGGACGAGCGCUGCGUGCUGGACACCAUGCGGCUGGUUGACCUGCUGCUCGUGCUGCUGUUCGAGGGACGCAAGGCGCUGCCCAGGUCCACGGCCGGGUCGACCAGUCGGAUCCCCGGCCUGCGACGCCUGGACAGUUCAGGCGAGAGGUCGCACCGACAGCUCAUCGACUGUAUCCGCAGCAAGGACACAGACGCUCUGAUCGACGCCAUCGACACCGGAGCCUUCGAGGUAAACUUCAUGGACGACGUCGGACAGACGCUGCUCAACUGGGCCUCGGCCUUCGGAACACAGGAAAUGGUGGAGUUUCUAUGUGAAAGGGGGGCGGACGUUAACCGGGGUCAGAGGUCAUCCUCACUACACUAUGCUGCCUGUUUCGGACGCCCACAAGUAGCUAAGACUCUGCUGCGUCACGGAGCAAACCCUGACCUGAGGGACGAGGAUGGAAAGACGCCUCUGGACAAAGCCCGAGAGAGAGGACACAGUGAGGUGGUGGCCAUACUCCAGUCCCCUGGAGACUGGAUGUGUCCGGUGAACAAGGGAGACGACAAGAAGAAGAAGGACGUGAACAAGGAGGAGGACGAGGGCGGCGAGCCCAGAGGAGACCCCGAGAUGGCUCCCAUCUACCUGAAGAGGCUGCUGCCGGUCUUUGCACAAACCUUUCAACAAACCAUGCUGCCGUCGAUCAGGAAAGCCAGUCUGGCUCUGAUCAGGAAGAUGGUUCACUACAGCAGCGACGUGCUGCUGAAGGAGGUGUGUGACAGCGAGGCGGGACACAACCUGCCCACGGUGCUGGUGGAGAUAACCGCCACCGUCCUGGACCAGGAGGACGACGACGACGGCCACCUGCUGGCUCUGCAGAUCAUCAGAGACCUGGUGGACAAAGGUGGAGACGUGUUCCUCGACCAGCUCGCCCGACUGGGCGUCAUCAGCAAGGUGUCCACUCUGGCCGGACCGGCGUCGGACGAUGAGAACGAUGACGAGGCCAAGCCUGAGAAGGAGGAGGAGGCGCAGGAGGACGCGAGGGAGAUCCAGCAGGGGAAGCCCUUCCACUGGAGGGACUGGUCCAUCAUCCGGGGGCGCGACUGUCUGUACAUCUGGUCGGAUGCUGCCGCCCUCGAACUCUCCAACGGUUCCAACGGCUGGUUCCGCUUCAUCCUAGACGGGAAGCUGGCCACCAUGUACUCCAGCGGGAGUCCGGAGGGCGGCUCGGACAGCUCCGAGUCUCGCAGUGAGUUCCUGGAGAAGCUGCAGCGGGCGAGGAGCCAGGUGAAGCCGGUGACGGUCAGUCAGCCCAUCCUGUCCAGUGUGGGUCCAACCAAACUGACCGUGGGCAACUGGUCCCUGACCUGCCUGAAGGACGGAGAGAUCGCCAUCCACAACUCUGACGGACAGCAGGCCACCAUCCUAAAGGAAGACCUGCCAGGCUUUGUGUUCGAGUCCAACAGGGGAACCAAGCACUCGUUCACCGCUGAGACGUCGCUGGGGUCAGAGUUCGUGACGGGCUGGACAGGGAAGCGCGGCAGGAAGUUGAAGUCGAAGCUGGAGAAGACAAAGCAGAAGGUGAAGAACAUGGCGCGGGAGCUGUACGACGACCACUUCAAAGCCGUGGAGAACAUGCCCCGAGGAGUCGUGGUCACGCUGAGGAACAUCGCCACGCAACUGGAGUCGGCCUGGGAGCUGCACACCAACAGACAGUGUGUGGAGGGCGAGAACACGUGGAGAGACCUGAUGAAGACGGCUCUGGAGAACCUGAUCGUGGUUCUGAAGGAUGAAAACACCAUCUCUCCAUACGAGAUGUGCAGCAGCGGCCUGGUCCAGGCGCUGUUCACCGUCCUGAACAAUAGCGUGGAUCUGGACCUGAAACACGACUGUAAGCCUUUAAUGGAGCGGAUCAACGUCUUCAAGGCGGCGUUCAGCGAGAACGAAGACGACGAGAGCCGACCAGCUGUUGCCUUAAUCCGUAAACUGAUCGCCGUCCUGGAGUCGAUUGAGCGUCUGCCUCUGCACCUGUACGACACUCCAGGCUCCUCCUACAACCUGCAGAUCUUGACGAGGAGGCUGCGUUUCCGUCUGGAGCGAGCGCCGGGGGAGACGGCUCUGAUCGACCGGACGGGUCGUAUGCUGAAGAUGGAACCGCUCGCCACCGUGGAGUCACUGGAGCAGUACCUGCUGAAGAUGGUGGCGAAGCAGUGGUACGACUUCGAGCGGUCGUCCUUCGUCUUCGUGCGGAAGCUGCGCGAAGGUCAGACUUUCACCUUCAGACACCAGCACGACUUCGACGAGAACGGCAUCAUCUACUGGGUCGGAACCAAUGCCAAGACGGCGUACGAGUGGGUCAACCCUGCUGCCUAUGGCCUGGUGGUGGUGACAUCAUCAGAGGGUCGUAACCUGCCUUACGGGCGGUUGGAGGAUAUCCUGAGUCGGGAUAGCUCCGCCCUCAACUGCCACACCAAUGAUGACAAGAACGCCUGGUUCGCCGUCGACCUUGGCCUCUGGGUCAUCCCCUCAGCGUACACCCUGAGACACGCCAGGGGUUACGGCCGCUCAGCACUGAGGAACUGGGUGUUCCAGGUGUCGAAGGACGGUCAGAACUGGACGACGCUCUACAGUCACGUGGACGACUGCAGUCUCAACGAGCCCGGGUCGACGGCCACGUGGCCUCUGGACCCGUCCAAGGAGGAGAAACAGGGCUGGAGACACAUCCGCAUCAAACAGAUGGGGAAGAACGCCAGCGGUCAGACGCACUACCUGUCGCUGUCCGGACUCGAGCUCUACGGCACCGUCACCGCCGUCUGCGAGGACCAGCUCGGUAAAGCCGUGAAGGAGGCGGAGGCGAACCUGCGUCGCCAGCGGCGGCUGUUCCGCUCGCAGGUGAUGAAGUACAUCGUUCCCGGGGCGCGGGUCGUCCGCGGCAUCGACUGGAAGUGGCGAGACCAGGACGGGAACCCGUCCGGAGAGGGCACCAUCACCGGGGAGGCUCACAACGGCUGGAUUGAUGUGACCUGGGACGCCGGCGGCUCUAACUCUUACCGUAUGGGCGCUGAAGGGAAGUUUGACCUCAAGCUUGCUCCAGGGUACGACCCUGAGUCGGCUGCCUCAGCGCCGUCACCCAAACCUGUCUCAUCCACUGUUUCAGGCCCCGCCUCCUCCACGGUGGGACCAUCUGCGACGCCGGCUGCCAGCAGCACCACCACCUCCACGUCGUCGUCGCACCAACAGUUGUGGAGCAGCCUGGUGAAAAAUAACUGUCCCGACAAGGGCGGGGCCACGUCGCUGGGCGGGGCCAGCUCCUCCAGCAGGAAGGGCAGCAGCAGCUCCGUCUGCAGCGUCGCCUCCUCCUCCGACGUCAGCCUGAGCUCCUCCGCUGGGCUGCCAGGCUUGGGGGGCCUGCGGCUGGAGAGGAGGGCCGAGGGGCUGCUGCUCGACCAGGGCUCCGGGCCAGGAGGAUUAACCGGAGGCGGGGUCGGCAUUGACGGACUGCAUCACGAGCCCAUCGUCGUGCUGUCGUCUGCGGUGGAGGGCGGGUCCGGGUCGGCGUCCAGCUCUGGCACGCUCACAGCCGAUGUGCCCGCCCCUGGAGACGAAGCCAGAAAUAAAGACUUGGUCACCGACGCGGCGGCAGCCAUCUCCAUGGGGCUGGUGAGCGUCAGCUCUCCCGACGUCAGCUCUGUGUCGGAGUCUUCCAGCAAGGACACGCCGUCCCAGAGGCCUCUGUGCUCCGCGGCUAAUGCCCGGCUGUCCGUCAGCUCGCUGCUGGCCGCCGGCGCCCCCAUGAGCUCCAGCGCCAGCGUUCCCAACCUGUCUUCCCGGGAGGCGAGUCUGAUGGAGUCCUUUGUCCGCCGCGCGCCCAACAUGUCGCGCACCAACGCCACCAACAACAUGAACCUGAGCCGCAGCAGCAGCGACAACAACACCAACACGCUGGGGAGGAACGUCAUGAGCACGGCCACUUCUCCUCUCAUGGGCGCUCAGAGCUUUCCUAACCUCACCACCACUGGUACCACCUCCACCGUUACCAUGUCAACCUCCAUAGUAACCAGCAGCAAUAACGUCGCCACGGCCACCACGGGUUUGUCGGUGGGCCAGUUGCUAAGCAACACCCUGACGACCAGCCUGACUUCCACAUCGAGCGAAAGUGACACAGGCCAGGAGGCCGAGUUCUCUCUCUACGAUUUCCUGGACAGUUGUCGUGCCAACACCUUAUUGGCUGAGCUGGACGACGAGGAGGACCUGCCCGAGCCCGACGACGACGACGAUGAGAAUGAAGACGACAACCAGGAUGACCAGGAGUACGAGGAAGUCCUGGAGGAGGAGGAGUACGAGACCAAAGGAGGUCGCAGGAGGACGUGGGACGACGACUUCGUCCUCAAGAGACAGUUCUCCGCUCUGGUUCCCGCCUUCGACCCCCGACCGGGAAGAACAAACGUACAGCAGACCACCGACCUGGAGAUCCCCCCGCCAGGAACUCCUCGGUCGGAGGUGCAGGAGGAGGUUGAGUGCGCCCCGUCUCCUCACCUCGCCCUCACCCUCAAGGUGGCGGGCCUGGGUACGACCCGUGAGGUGGAGCUUCCUCUGUCCAACUACAAGUCGACCAUCUUCUUCUACGUCCAGCGGCUGCUGCAGUUCUCCUGCAACGGAGCCGUGAAGACGGACAAACUGCGACGCAUCUGGGAGCCGACAUACACGAUAAUGUACAGAGAACUGAAGGACUCUGACAAAGAGAAGGAGAGCGGGAAGAUGGACUUCUGUGAGCAUGGCAUUGGUGGUCGCUCUGGCGGUUUGAGCCCGAGUUUGGUUUCAGCCAAUCAGAGCAGUGAGAUCCUGGGUGUGGCCCGGGAGGCGGCGCAGGCGAAGGCGGGCUGCAGCCAGAACGCCUGCGGGGUGGAGGACGUCCUGCAGCUGCUGCGGAUCCUCUACAUCAUCGGGGGAGACUCCUCCUCCAACGCACGCACGCUUCAGGAGGACGUGGACGAGCUGCAGUUUAACGCGUCUCCGGAGGAAUUCACCAGCAAGAAGAUCACCACCAAGAUCCUACAGCAGAUUGAGGAGCCUCUGGCUCUGGCCAGCGGAGCGCUGCCCGACUGGUGUGAACAACUCACCUCCAAGUGUCCUUUCCUCAUCCCCUUCGAGACCCGACAGCUCUACUUCACCUGCACUGCCUUCGGAGCGUCCAGGGCUAUCGUGUGGCUGCAGAACCGUCGGGAGGCAACCAUGGAGCGCUCCCGGCCGUCCACGACGACGCGGCGCGACGAUCCCGGAGAGUUCCGGGUGGGUCGCCUCAAACACGAGCGGGUCAAGGUGCCUCGCAGGGAAGCCAUGAUGGAGUGGGCGGAGUCAGUCAUGCAGAUCCACGCCGACAGGAAGUCCGUGCUGGAGGUGGAGUUCCAGGGCGAGGAGGGAACGGGCCUCGGCCCGACUCUGGAGUUCUACGCUCUGGUGGCGGCGGAGUUCCAGAGAACGUCUCUGGGGAUCUGGCUGUGUGACGACGACUUCCCCGACGACGAGUCUCGACAGGUGGACCUGGGCGGCGGCCUUAAGCCCCCCGGGUUCUACGUGCAGCGCUCCUGCGGGCUGUUCGCAGCGCCGUUCCCUCAGGACAGCGAGGAGCUGGAGCGUAUCACCAAGCUCUUCCACUUCCUGGGUGUCUUCCUGGCCAAGUGUAUCCAGGACAACCGGCUGGUGGACCUGCCCGUGUCGCAGCCCUUCUUCAAGCUGCUCUGCAUGGGCGACAUCAAGUCCAACAUGAGCAAGCUGCUGUACCCGUCCCGUGGCUCGCCGCCGCACCCGCACUCCUGCCUGUUGCUGUCGGAGCUGCAGUCGGAGGCGUCGACCGAGGAGGGUCAGGAGACAUAUUCUGUGGGAAGCUUCGACGAGGACUCUAAGUCCGAGUUCAUCAUGGACCCGCCCAAACCCAAACCUCCAGCCUGGUACCACGGCAUCCUGACCUGGGACGACUUCCAGCUGGUCAACCCGCACAGGGCGAGUUUCCUGAAGGAGGUCAAGGAGCUGGUGGUGAAGAGGAGGCAGAUUCUCACCAGUAAGAUUCUGUCUGAGGACGAGAAGAACACAAGGCUGCAGGACCUGAUGCUGAGGAACCCACUGGGCUCCGGACCCCCCCUGAGCAUCGAGGACCUGGGGUUGAACUUCCAGUUCUGUCCGUCCUCCAGGGUUCACGGCUUCUCUGCGGUGGAUCUGAAACCCAACGCCGAUGACGAGAUGGUUACCAUGGAGAACGCAGAGGAGUACGUGGAGCUUAUGUUUGACUUCUGUAUGCACACCGGCAUCCAGAAACAGAUGGAGGCCUUCAGAGAGGGUUUUAACCGAGUCUUUCCGAUGGAAAAGUUGAGCUCCUUCAGUCAUAAAGAAGUCCAGAUGAUCCUCUGUGGCAACCAAUCACCUUCCUGGACCGCUGAUGACAUCAUCAACUACACUGAACCAAAGCUGGGCUACACCAGAGACAGUCCGGGCUUCCUGCGUUUCGUCAGAGUUCUCUGUGGAAUGUCGUCGGACGAGAGGAAAGCGUUCCUGCAGUUCACCACUGGUUGCUCCACGCUGCCCCCCGGUGGCCUCGCCAACCUGCACCCGCGCCUCACCAUCGUCAGGAAGGUGGACGCCACGGACUCCAGUUACCCGUCGGUCAACACGUGUGUUCACUACUUGAAGCUUCCUGAAUAUUCCUCGGAGGACAUAAUGAGGGAGCGUCUGUUGGCCGCCACCAUGGAGAAAGGCUUCCACCUAAACUGACCGCCGCCCUGAGCACGCCUCUCUGUCGCUGCCCACUGCGUGAUUGACAGAUCAGUCGGCCGAUCGGAGCCGAGCGAACCGACCGCUGGAGGAGGAGACCCGACGCAUCCUUAACACCUCCUUCCCUCCUUCACUUGUCUCCUCUCUCCUUCAUCUUCAUCAGCAGCAGCAUCAUCAUCCUCACGCACCUGAGCUGCUGCUUUCUGUUGCUGCUGUGUGUGACCUUCCUCCUCGUUUGACUCGUAGCUUGUUUUUGGCUCCUCCUCCUUCAAACAAUCAGCUCCUCCUCUUUUUAUUUUUGUUUUAUUGCUUUGUUUCCGUGUGUGUGUGCAACAGAUUCCGGGUCGUUUCUGGCCGGCUGUAGGGGUCAAAGGUCAGAGGUCAUUAGGUGUUUUCUUUGCUGAUGAAGCUGUAGAGACAGAAACACUGGAGGAGGAAGAGGAGGAGGCGUGUCCGCUCUGCUCUCCCUUUGUAUUUUCUUUGUAUAUUAUAAACAUUUAUUUAACUCAAGUUGCAGUUUGAGGUAAACAGAUAUUUUCAAAUGUGUAAUGCUCCAAAAAAAAAAAAUCAUUAAAAUGUUUGCAAAGUAUGAAGAA